AUGGAUAAAAUGUGUGGAAAUGAUCAUUUUAUUUUCGAUGGUGAUCGUGUACCGGGUAUUUCAUUACAAUUAACAAGCAACAGUAAAUACAAACCAAAUUUUAAUUGCACCGUCAGAUUUCGAACAGCUCAACCAAGUCAACGAUUGAUUAUUACAAUGGAAAAAAUGGAUAUAACUGAUUGUCCAGGUGAUUCAUUACGUAUCUAUGAUGGUACAACAUUACUUAAUAAAGAUUCUAAACAACAAUGUGGUUCACCUGACUUAUUUACUUUUACAACUUCAACAUCACAAGUAUCAAUGACAUUUACAAGUAAUUCAGCUGUUGAAUCAUCUGGAUUUCAAGCUGCUAUUGCACUUCAUUUUCCAAUGAUUGCUGCAUGUCCUCAAAGUCUUGGCUUUUUUCAAUGUAAAAAUAAGAAUUGUAUUUCAAAACAACUUCAAUGCGAUGGACGAAAUCAUUGUGGUGAUCGAACAGAUGAAAAUCAAUGUAGCAUUCUUUCUGGUUAA